AUGGGAGACAUUGAAAUGGCCAACAACACCGCUGACGCAGCCUCCAAGAGCGAGAAGCUUCCCAUCACCGUCUCCAAGCCCACUCCCUACACUUUCGACCUGGGAAACAUUCUCGUGAACGACCCCAACCCCCUCGAGCUCACCACAUCCAAAAAGCUCAACGAAAACCUGAAAGCGACGGCCCGCGACGGAACACAAUGCCUCCUCAACCAGCUCCUCACAACCUGCCAAAUAACCAGCUCCGCGAAAAACGGCGUCCUUCUCAACCUGCCGGCCCCCGCCACCGCCGUUCCCCGGCAUAAGCCCCUGCCGACCCCCAAGCCCCCGACCAAGUGGGAGCUGUUCGCGCGCAAGAAGGGUAUCGGCAAGUACAGCAACAAGCCCGGUGCCGCGCUGGCGGAUAAGGAGCGCCGCAAGAAGCUCGUUUACGACGAGGCCUCUGGCGAGUGGGUUCCCCGCUGGGGAUAUAAGGGCAAGAACAAGGCCGAGGAUGAUCAGUGGCUUGUGGAGGUUGAUGAGAAAGAUUGGAAGAAGGAGGAGGAUGCUGCUGCCAAGGGUAGCUCUAUUCGUGGAUUGUCUCGUGCUGAGCGUAAACAAAAGAUUAAGCGGAAUGAGCGCAAGCAGCGGAACAAUGAGCGCCGUGGAAAGAAGGGUGGCAAUUAA